AUGGCGGAGAUGGCGCGCAAGCAUCACGUCGCAGUGCAAGAAGACAACCCCGGUGAGAGAGACCCGCAGGCAAGGGAACGAGAUGUGAUGACAGCCCUAGAAAGCAUACAAACAAGCGUGAGCGAAGAGCAGGCUUUGGAGAUGGACCAGAACAUAGCAUGGGACGAAUGCGAGCUCGCACUACGCUUCUCGAAAAGCGGCUCUGCCCCUGGGCUAGAUGGCAUCCCCUAUGAGGUCUGGAAGACGCUGCACGAGAGAUUCAAGGAGGACUCACGUCACGAGGACAGGGAGGCUUUUAAUGUCCUCAAGGUUUUUGAGGCAGCGUUCCGUGACAUCCAGCAGAACGGCGUGUGCAUAUCUACGGGUUUCGCAGACGACCCAUUACACUACUGA